AUGCAAGCAGACGUAAUUUUACCAGCUGCUGGAACUAGUGAAAGAAUGAAUCUCCCCGUGGCCAAACAGUUUUUGACAGUGCUAGGCAAGCACAUCCUGGCAUACACUAUCGACAACUUUUACAGGUUUCCAUGGAUACGACACAUUGUUGUUGUUGUCAGUGCUGAUCAGAUAGAGUUUACGAAGCAACUGUUAAAUAGUUACGGCUUCACUCGGGCGGUCGUAUGUGCUGGAAGCCACACCAGGCAUCGGUCGAUACACUGUGGACUCAAGGCACUGAAAUCUGAAUGUUCUGGAAAUGACGUGGUGAUAAUCCAUGAUGCAGCGCGACCAUUUGUGCCAGAACAAGUGGCCAAAGAGGUGACGAGGACAGCUUUUGUUCAUGGGGCAGCCGGAGUGACCCGACCCCUUGUGUCCACUGUGAUUCGAGCAGACGAUGAUGCUCGACUGGUCGAGUCCCUCGACCGGAGGUUGUAUACAAACAGUGAGAUGCCCCAGGCUUUCCACUACAGUCUGAUAACUUCCGCCUAUGAAAAGUGCUCAGAAGAUGAUCUUGACUAUGGGACUGAGUGUCUCCUCUUGGCCUUGAAGUACUCUCAAUGCCGUGCUGCUUUAGUCAGUGGAACAGACGACCUCUGGAAGGUCACCUAUUCGAGAGAUGUUUAUUCCAUGGAGUCCAUUGUUAAAGGGAAUACAGACGCUCCUGCCAACACUUUCGUGAUCCUGUGCAACAUGCAGAUGUGUACUGACCACCAGACCUUACAUGACAACAUCACCAAGAUUUCUGCUUGCUAUAACCUUGACCUGCCCUCCUCGGCAGUCAAACUUGAUCUCAUGGUGGUGAUCGUAUUCUUGCAAUCGUUUUCACAGUCUGAUUUUUGGGGUAGGGUUUUUGAUACAAAUGGCAGGACAGUGCAGUUAAAAUCUCUGAUGGUGAAUGUGGAAUCACCUUCAACAAGUCCCAGUGACAUGCAUGAUAGCUUGAGAACUGGCAACAAGACCGAAACUAUUCGUUUACCUCAUGAUGUUCGUCGGGUGCCUGACAGUUUGACCCAAGUGUCUCUGUCAGACACAAACAUGGCUACAACCUCGUUCUUUUCUGCAAGUCUUACCAGCCUUUACCCGACUCCCUCAUGUCAAACCAAAAGUUCAGAAUUACCCAGUGUAAUGUUUCAGCAAACUGAGUUUAACAACAGCCAGAAACUGUCUUUAGCGGAUUUCAAACAGUCAGCCUCUGGUUCAAAUGAGUCUCAUUCUGAGGAUGGUCAUGCAUGCAGAUCUUUCAUCAGCCACCGGACUGUUGUUCAAAUGGUAAAGGAGAAUGUGCAGAGGGAAACUGGGGGCAAGUUUGCCUUGGUUGUCGGAGUCUCCUGUAGGUCGGCGAUCAGCGAGCAGCUUGCACAGCUUGUUUGUCAGCGAAGUUUGUACACAGACGGGCAGAUUUUGAGCUUUUGA